AUGGCGUGCUGCCUCCCGGGCUGGUGCUGCAAGUUCCAGCGGCGGAUCGAGGCGUGCGGCGUCAUCCUCUACGAGGAGUCGCACCUCGCCGACGGCGACUUCUCCACCGUCACUCUCGUCUGGCACGAGGACGACCUCGUCGUCCUCAAGCGCACCCCACUCCCCGCCGACCAGAAGGCGAGGGCGGACGACGUGGUCACUGCGCACGAGCGGCUGCGCGGGCACCCUUUCAUCGUGCACCUCUUCGGCCACGACCUCAUCGCCGCCGGCGACGCCCUCGAGCAACGGCUGCUCCUCGAGUACUGCGCGGGCGGCUCGCUGGCAGCCUCGCCGCUGCCGAUCGGGGAGGCGCACGCGCUGCCGAUCCUCGGCCAGCUCUGCUCCGCGGUGAGCGCCUGCCACGCCGCCGGAGUGACGCACCGCGACGUGCGGCUCGAGAACGUCUACCGGCGGGCGGGGCCGCGAGACACGUACGUGCUCGCCUCCUUCGGGGCGUGCCGCGUCUCCAAGCUCCCCUCGUCGCCGGGCGGCCAGGUCCUCCGGAGCCGCGAGGCGGUGGCGGCGGCGCGCCAGGAGGCGGAGGAGACGGUGCACGCCGUCUGCCGCGCGCCAGAGCAGGUGGCGCCGGAGCUCGGCGCGACCCUCGGGCCAAAGGUGGACGUGUGGGGCGUCGGCGUGGUGCUGCACCAGCUGCUCCUCGGCGUCGCGCCCUUCGCCUCGCCCCUCGACACGCUCGCCGACCGCGCCCCCCUGCCCGCCGAGGCCAGCAGGAGCCCGGCGGCGCGCAAGCUGAUGAGCAAGAUGCUCCAGCGAGACCCCUCCGCUCGCAUCUCCGCCGCCGAGGCCGAGACGCUGGUCUCCGCCCUGGCGUACUGGCCCGAGAUGGCGGCGGCGGCCGGCGCGCAGUCCGGCGUCGAGCCGCCCAUCGUGGCCGAGGUCGCGCCAGGAGCGCGGCGUGAUGAGAUGCCGCCGGCUCUGCUCACACAGGCCUCGCAGCUCUCCAACUUCGUCGACAGCGGCUCUCGGGACGUGUCCCGGGACGUGUCUCGGGACGUGUCCCGGGAGGUGUCCCGGGACGUGUCCCGGGAGGUGUCCCGGGAGGUGUCCCAGCGCGACGAGUGCUCGUCGAACGAGGUGGAGCUGCGGACCGCGCCCUCCCCGCCGCCGAGGCUGCGCCCGGUGCUCGACACGAUCGACAGCCCCCGGGCAGUCGCACCAAGCUCGCCGUCCAAGGCGGCGACGGCGGCGGCGCCGCGCCGGACGGCGUCGCCUCUGCCGGAGGAAGAUGUUGCGGAGCUCAAGCGCGCCUUCUCGUCGCCAACCUUCACGCGCCCGCGCUGGGAGGACGAGGACGACGACGACGCCUAG